AUCGCUUGCCUUCUCCGACUCCGAGUUCGCUCGCACUGUCCAAAUCUUCUAUGGCUGCACAGAAGGAGAUCGUUGCAAAGCUUUCGGACAGCUUCGAGAAGGCGCGGUCGUCGGGAGAUCUGCUGUUUUUCCCCUCGACAACUCACCACCAUGAAGAGAACGGCGUAGAGUUCCAGAUCCGCCUGUGCCCAGCGCUGCAGAACAAGCCCCGCCUGCCGACGCCCGACUUCAGCGGGGACGCCCCGAGCGCGGUGCAGCAGGAGAAGAAGCGGUAUGACCCUUUCGCCCCGCCAUACAACCCGAAUCUGCUCCUGGGCGAGGUGCGCGACGAGGCGGAGGGGAACGAGUACGUGAUCCUGUUCAACAAGUAUUCCGUCGUGCCGCACCAUUUCUUGGUCGUCACGAAAGACUUUCAGUCGCAGACGUCGCCGCUAUUACCUGCCGAUCUUGUGCAGACCUAUCUCUUCCUCGCCGCGGCGAAGAGGGCGGGCACGAAGCUCUUCGCGUUCUACAACUGCGGUGACCUGAGCGGCGCGAGCCAGCCGCACAAGCACAUCCAGCUGCUCCCGAUCGACGACGACGGCCCUCCGGUCGAGACGCUCGCGAGGAGUACCAAGCUCGAGCAAGAGAGCCGGCCCUUCAGCAUCAGCGCCCUCCCCUACGCGAACCACGUCCGCCGCCUGCCCUCCUCGCUCGCCUCCUCCUCCCCCGCCGAGCUCGAGCCCGUCCUCGCAGACGCAUUCCUCUCCCUCCUCGACCUUGCUAUCCAGACCGUCCGGCACGACCCGUCCUACCCCGCCGGCGCACCAUCGUACAACGUCCUCCUCACGCUCGAGCACGUCCACAUCAUUCCGCGGCGCCAAGAAACACAUGUGCUCAAGGAGACGGGGGAGGAGCUGAGCGUGAACGCGCUAGGAUUCGCGGGGCUGCUGCUCGUGAAGAGCCAGAGGGAGCUCGAGGCGGUCAAGGAGGAGGGCGUAUGCAGCAUCUUGAAGGGUGUCGCGUUGGAGAGCGGGCAUGAGGCGCAGACGGACGCGCAUCGGGUCGCGGACGACCAUGUACAUGAGCAGGACGAGUGAUCUGACGAAGAGGACCGAAGGCCAUUAUACUUCUAGGUCGGUUUACAUGGAGUUCAUGCAUGCAGGAGUCGAACUUCCUCUGAACACGCCCUCGGUGUUGCCAAGGAGCCCCUUUAGCAGCGACGUCCACUGCAGGUAGGCGAGGAAGAAUUCGUUGCUCCGUGAAUACGUCAGCAUCACAAUACGCAAGGCAAUC